UAGAGGCGCGAGACAAGAGUUUGAAUGUGCGGACAUCAGCGCUGACGUCCGGCGUUGGCAGAUGCGAGCAGUUUCCUCCGGCUCCAAUUACAAUGGACGAGACGAGCCUGUGUGGACCGUGAGCAGCAGCCACCCAGCCGGGAGCGAGCCGGGCAGGAGGCAGGAAACAAUGCCCCGGUGCAUCUCCAUGCACUGAUUUCAAGGAGGAUUCGUCUUAUUAUAUUUCCGUCUCCUCUGAAGUGCAGCCGGAUUCAAGCAGUCGGUUUUGUCUCUGAAGAUCAACUGCUAAACCAUCAUGGGCCUGUUCAUUCUCAUGCUGAUCGUCCCGGUCCUUAUCCCUCAGCCGUCUCAAAGUUGCCCCUCCGGCUGUCGCUGCUACAGUCUCACGGUGGAGUGUGGAUCACUGGGGAUCAAAGAGAUCCCACAAGGUGUCCCGUCUGUCACGGAGACCAUCUUUCUUCAAGACAACGCCAUAGUGCAGAUCCGUCUCCAGGACCUGACUCGCCUGGGAAACCUUCAUUAUUUGUACCUGCAGAAUAACAGCAUCUCAGCCCUGGAGCCUGGAGCCUUCCUCAGCCAGGGGCAGCUGCUGGAGCUCGCCCUGAACGGCAACCUCAUCCACCUCGUCACCCCUGACAUGUUUCGGGGCCUGGAGCAUCUCCGGAUCCUUUAUCUCGCUGGCAAUCAGAUCACUCGGGUUCAGGACCACACCUUCAGGGGACUGCAGCGUCUGCAGGAACUCCACCUGCAGGAAAACAGCAUAGAGAUGCUGGCGGAGCAGGCUCUGUCGGGCUUGUCAUCCCUUGCCCUGUUGGAUCUCAGCAGGAAUCACCUACGCACCCUGGGAGCCUCGUCCCUCAAACCGCUUGUCAGCCUGCAGGUGCUCCGUGUCACAGAGAACCCAUGGCGCUGUGAUUGUGCUCUCGGCUGGUUGAGGACCUGGAUCAGUGAGGAUGGACAGCGCCUGUUGAGUUCAGCGGAGCAGCGCCGUUUGAUGUGCUCCGAGCCGCCUCGCCUCUCCCACCUCAGCCUGGUCGAAGUGGCUCCAAACAGCCUGGUCUGCAUCCCCCCCGUGGUGCAGCUGGAGCCCAGCCACCUCACCGUGCGCCUCGGCGAGAGCCUGCGAGUGUCCUGCCAGGCGUCAGGAUACCCCCAGCCUCAGGUCACCUGGAAGAAAGCCUCCCAUGGUAAGGCCCAGCUGUCGCCUCGUGGCCUGGUUCAAGAGCUGGGACCCAACGGGGAGCUGUUCAGACCGGGAGCCGGCGGGGUGGUAACUGCUCUACCCAGCGGUGGAGGCAUCAAAGUAGGGGGAGUCGGUGGAAUACACGGACUCGUCCGCGGCACCGAGGAGGGCGGCGAGAGAGACAGCUUUGAUCCGGACAUGGGCAGCGGCAUGCUGUUCCUCAGCAACGUGACUGUGGCACACGCUGGGCGCUACGAGUGUGAAGCUUGGAACCCCGGUGGCGUCGCUCGGGUUACUUUUCACCUGGCCGUCAACAUGUCCUCUUCGUCAUACUCCUCCCAGUUCUGGCCUCGUCUGAACACACACUCUUACGUUUCAUCCAACUCCUUCUAUCAGCCGGAGGUUCUGGAUGUCAGCCAGGAGCCUCUGUAUGAGCAGGACAGCAUGGACUUCAAUGCUUUGGGCCCCGCCACACAGACUGCAAUCGCUAUCGGUAUCUCCUUACUAGCGCUCACGGCAGUUCUCCUCUUGAUCAUGAUCUAUACUCGUCACCAGCAGUACCAGAAAGAGGACAAUGGAUCCUACUGUACCAGCAAGGAAGAGAGUAUCCUUUAUGUGAACGACUACUCUGAUGGACCGACAACCUUUGCGCAGCUGGAGGAGUACCGAGAUGACCACGGUCACGAGAUGUACGUACUCAACCGGGCCAAGCCGGUCGCGGGUUCCGCUUCAUCCAGGUGCCCAAUGAUGAGCGGAUUUGUCCAGCAGAAAGGAAUGAAGGAGGCUCUCCUGGAACAUGAAAUGGUGCAGACACUGACGAGAUCGGGGCUCGGCAGAAAACCAGCCGACGGAGGAGAGGGACCCCUAACGACGGACCCGGAAGAGCUUUUCCUCAGCCAGAGUCUCCUCUUUGGAUCACAAGUUGCUUACGAGAUCCACUGCUAAGGAGUUUUUAUUGUGCUCUGGCAUAAAACAAUAUGCUGAGAGAUUUAAUGAAAGACAUUAAAGGAAACUACCUUGGCGCGGUGAUUUGAAGCAUCAGAUUAUGAUCUGGAAUUCAAAAGAAGGAUGAGCGUCAAUUAGUGGUUGCUGGGAGGAACCUGGACCACAUCCAAUGUCCCAUAACUCCUUUUCUGAUUGACUGGCUUUGGAAUGAGUCAGAGGUGAUAAACUGUGGUAAUUAAAGAGAAAAUAAUACAAUUAACCAGACGUCUCUGUCUCUAAAAUGACCCUUUAAAGAAUAAUACAGGUGACUAACCUUAUCAGAUGUAGUUACUCAGACAAUUAAGGCUAAAAUCCUCAUAAAAGAUGCUGAGACUGCAGCACACACUGGCUAGAAUAAUUCACAUUUUGUACUAAUUCCCUCAACAAGGUUUAUUUUUUUUUGUGUGUGUUUUGUCUGUGUUUUGUGUAAAUAUAAUUAAGCUAAGUUUCACUGUGAAAUACAGUCGUUUUGUGGACUCUGUCGCAGAUCCCAUUAGAUAUAGAUCUGAAGAAAUCCACAUAUUGGAACUGCAUUAUCAUUACCCAUAUGUAUGAGUGGGUGAGGAU